AUGUUGACCCCUCAGGGUGAGCAUCAAGAGUCCGUCCUCAACAACGACGAAGGCUAUGAUGAGUCAACUACUCCAGGGCCAGAGGAUGGUCAAGAAAAGACUGAGAGGCUGCAGCCUGACCGAUUACUGCGGGACAGCUACAGUGGCGAUGCACUCUAUGAACUUUUUGCUCCAGAUGAAACUCUUAUUAGUCCACAUUAUAAUAAGAACUCUCAGCUCUCAAGUUCAGACAACGCCAGCCCAGAGGUUUCCUUAGAAGAAGAGUCAGUCGAGGUCUAUGACAACCUUAGACCCAUUGUGAUUGAUGGGUCAAAUGUUGCCAUGAGCCAUGGAAACAAAGAAGUAUUCUCCUGCCGUGGCAUUCAACUUGCUGUUGAAUGGUUUAGAGAGAAAGGCCACAAAGAUAUUACGGUUUUUGUCCCGGCCUGGAGAAAAGAGCAAUCGAGACCGGACGCCCUCAUUACAGAUCAAGAAAUAUUACGACGACUAGAGAAAGAAAAAAUCUUGGUUUUCACCCCGUCCCGUAGAGUUCAAGGCAGGAGAGUUGUGUGCUACGAUGAUCGCUUCAUAGUGAAGCUGGCUUAUGAUUCUGAUGGAAUUAUUGUGUCGAAUGAUAACUACAGAGACUUACAAAAUGAAAAACCUGAAUGGAAGAAGUUUAUUGAGGAGCGUCUCCUUAUGUACUCUUUUGUCAAUGACAAAUUUAUGCCACCUGAUGAUCCAUUGGGAAGACAUGGGCCUAGCUUAGAAAAUUUUCUGCGCAAACGACCUGUGGUUCCAGAGCAUAAAAAGCAGCCAUGUCCUUAUGGUAAAAAGUGCACAUAUGGACACAAGUGCAAGUACUAUCAUCCAGAGCGCGUGAACCAGCCAGUCCGCUCUGUGGCUGACGAACUUCGGGCUUUUGCUAAACUGUCAGCAGUGAAGACAAUGAGUGAAGGAGCUUUAGUAAAAUAUGGUACAGCAGCUUUGAAGGGGGACUGCUGCUCAGAGGCUAAACGUGUGGCUCCCAAACGCCAAUCAGACCCCAGUAUUCGCUCAGUGGUCUGUGAGCCUCAAGAGGCACUCUCUCUGAUUAAAAAGUCAGAGACAAAUUCGGUGCCUUCUCUUGUGACUGCUCUCAGCGUUCCCACAAUGCAACCAGCCAAGAGCCAUGCAGCUGGGGCCUUGAACACGCGCUCUGCCAGCAGCCCUGUGCCCGGCUCUUUGCAGUUUGGACGCAGUUCCUUGGAGCACACGUCCAGUGUACAGUAUCCACCAAUAUUGGUCACAAACAGUCACGGUGCAUCUAUAACUUACUCGGACCAGUUCCCAAAGUUUGACUCAGUUGUCAGUGACCACGGCUAUUAUUCACUGCACAGUGACUUCUCAAACAUGAGCAUGAGCAGCAUGCAUAAUGUCGACAGUUUCUGUAGCAUGGAGCAUGAACAUGGUAUGUAUCAGAGAAAUCUCAGCCAUUGCGCUGAAUCCUGCCUCAGCCACUCGAACAGUGAUUCUUUCUCGUCUUAUGGAGACAUGUAUCAGAGCUCAGUGGACAGCAGUCUGGACGACAGGUUCAAAGUUAUGGGCCUGAGGACCCUAAACAAGGUCCAUGUAAGCAGCAAGCGGCUCAUCACGCCCUACAUAUCCAACAUGCUGCUGUUGGAGCCAGAUCAAGCUGUCCUGGAGACUAUCCUCUAA